AUGACCAUCGAAGAACCUCAGAAAAAACCCCGGGUCAGCCUCGGCCUUCUCACAUUCGGCCCUCCCGGAACCGAACCCUACGGCACCCGAAUCACAUCUCUCGACGAGUUCAACGAAUGCCUCGACUAUCUCCAGUCUCGAGGGUACCACGAAGUCGACACCGCGCGGACCUACGUCGACGGCCACCAAGAAGGCUGGACCCGACGGACGGGGUGGCAUGAUCGCGGCCUGAAACUAGCCACGAAAUGGUAUCCCUACCAGGCAGGAGACCACGCCAAAGCGAUCGUCAAGUCCAAUCUCACCAAGAGCCUGCACGAGCUCGGCACGGACAGCGUCGACAUCUUCUACCUGCACGCGCCCGACCGGGCCACCCCGUUCCAGGAGACGCUGGAGGCGUGCAACGAGCUCUACGCAGAAGGUAAAUUCCGACAACUCGGUCUCAGCAACUACGCGGCUUGGGAGGUCGCGGAGCUCUGGACCAUCGCGGACCAGCGCGGCUGGGUGAAACCCACGGUGUACCAGGCUAUGUAUAACUGCUUGACGCGGGCGAUGGAGGAGGAGUUGGUGCCGUGUUGUCGGAAAUACGGGCUGGAGGUUCUCGUGUACAACCCGCUGGCUGGAGGGGUGUUGAGUGGACGGUACCAGAGCAAGGAGAUCCCCGAUGAUGGCGGGCGGUAUUCGACGGUCGAUCCGGUGGUCGGGGCCAUGUACCGGGAGCGGUAUUUCAAAGAUGUCAACUUCGAGGCGUUGAAGGUCGUCAAGCCGGUUGCCGAUCGGCUGGGGUUGACGCUGUUGGAGAUUGCGUUUCGGUGGCUCGUUCACCAUAGUCAGCUGCGGGUUCGGGAUGGACAGGAUGGCAUCGUGAUUGGAAUCAGCUCGUUGGCUCAGUUGAAGAGUAACUUGGAUGACCUGGAAAAGGGGCCGUUGCCAGAGGAGGUGCUGGAUGCUUUGGAUCUGGCGUGGACAAUCACCAAACCAUCGUGCUCUUUAUACUGGAGGUGA